UAAAUUCAUACGAAGUUUAACGGGACGUGUAAAGAGGACAAGGUUCUUAGAUCCAGAAAAAAGGAUCAACUUAAUUAACAGAAGAUCAAUUUUACCGAAGAUCAGUUCAAGCGAGCUCAGCCCUAGCUGAGUCUACUGCAGUUGGUGUGUUGAAGGUCGUGUAGUUUUCUUGUUUACUCAGUUAGUUGAAGACAGUUAGUGCGUCUUGGUGUGUAUAUUUGUCAAGGUUCUUGGGGAGUUUACGCAAGACUCGAGUUUCUCGUGGGAUUCAAAAUGGACAAGAGAAGUGUGCGCGUCUGGAUGGACGGAAGCUUCGACCUGCUUCACUGCGGACACGCCAACGCCAUACGCCAGGCCAGAGAGUUUGGAGACGAGUUGAUCGUUGGACUGCAGCCUAGUGCGGACAUAGUUGUCCACAAAGGUCCGCCGGUCUUCACCGAGUCCGAACGUCACAGACUCCUGGCAGCCGUUAAGUGGGUCAACCAGGUCGUAGACAGAGCGCCUUACGGGACAAGUGAGUCCAUCCUGGACCAACAUGGCUGCGACUUUUGUGUGCACGGGGGUGAGUGGUAGACAGUGGUAAUACCUGAACUAACACGUUUGUGGUAGACUGUCGUUAUAUCUGAACAAACAAUUUAGUGGUAGAUUGGUAAUUCUUGAACGAGCAAGUUAAUGGUAGAAUGCAGUAAUACCCGAACAACAAGUUAAUGGUAGACUGUGGUAAUGUCUGAAUUGACAGUGGUAGACUGUGGUAAUACCUGACCAAACAAGUCUGUGAAAGACUCUUGUAAUACCUGAACUAACAAGUUAGUGGUUGCCUGUGGUAAUACCUGAACUAACAAGUUAGUGGUUGCCUGUGGUAAUACCUGAACUAACAAGUUAGUGGUUGCUUGUGGUAAUACCUGAACUAACAAGUUAGUGGUUGCCUGUGGUA